UCAGUGAGAGGGACGAAGGGGGCGGGUACUUGAGACCAACGACGAUUGAGCGAGCUGUCAAACGGCAACCAUCGCCGCUGAAUUAUCGCUGCGGGCGGAGAAAAACAGUGAACAUGCCUCCACUAGUGGGAAGGAGAACAUUGUAGGCAGAGAAUUUCUGCAACGCCAUCUUAGCCAAGCGUGAGGGGGACGUAGUUAAGCGGUGGGCGAGCUAGCCACAACGUCUCUGCUAACUGGAGUUUGUUGUCAAACGAGCUAAGUCAGCCAGCUAGCUUCCAACACCGAGUUAUGACGGACUUCUAACUCUAUAAACGCCCCUUUUUACCCUUUUUUGCUCCGGAAUUAUCCAGCAUGAACUCCCAUCUGCAUGUCCAAACAGGUCUCCACCGGCUCAACGCUCAAUAUGUGAGAGCCCCCCCACUAAGGAGGACCCCCGUAGCCGUGAGCAGCCGCUGCUGAGCCCUCCUCGGCAAGUUGACGACAAUCCGGUGCUCUUGUCAUGUGGGUACAACACGGAAGAACACUCCCGUUACCCCCACUGGUGUCACCAUCUUUAUCGUCAUCAUCAUCGUCAUGGACCGGAAUAAACGCAACUCUAUCGCCGCGUUCCCCACGAGACCCGAACGCCUCGCCGAGGAUAGAGACGGAGGGCUAGGGGUGUGCGAGAUGGGAAUGGGACCGCCUUCGCAGGUGGGUAGGGUUUGCCCUUCGUCCUACCGGGCCCUUAUCAGUGCCUUCUCCUGCCUUACACGCCUGGACGACUUCACCUGCGAGUGGAUCGGCUCGGGCUUCUUCUCUGAUGUUUACAAGGUGUGUCACCGUGCGUCGGAUCAGGUGAUGGCGCUCAAGAUGAACAAGCUGAGCAGCAACAGGGCAAACAUGUUGAGAGAAGUGCAGCUGAUGAACCGCCUCUCGCACCCCAACAUACUCAGGUUCAAGGGAGUAUGUGUGCACGAGGGCCAGCUUCACGCUUUGACUGAGUACAUCAAUGGCGGCAACCUGGAGCAGCUUCUGGACAGCAACAAGCAUCUUAGCUGGCCUGCCAGAGUCAAACUGGCCAGCGACCUCGCCGGCGGUCUGGCCUACCUGCACGCCAAAGGCAUCUUCCACCGAGACCUAACCUCCAAGAACUGUUUAAUCAAAUGCGAUGACAGCGGCUACACGGCGGUGGUGGGAGACUUCGGACUGGCCGAGAAGAUCCCUGCUAAUCUCACGGAAGGAGCAAAGCUUUCAGUGGUGGGAUCUCCUUUUUGGAUGGCUCCCGAAGUUCUGAGGGAUGAACCUUACAAUGAGAAGGCUGAUGUCUUCUCCUACGGCAUCAUCCUGUGUGAGAUCAUCGCGAGGAUCCAGGCUGACCCUGAUUUUCUUCCAAGAACAGAGAACUUCGGGCUGGACUAUCAUACAUUUCAGCACAUGGUUGGAGACUGUCCGCCCGACUUCUUACAGCUGGCGUUCAACUGCUGCAAUAUGGACCCCACGCUGCGGCCGUCCUUUCCAGACAUUGUGCGACACUUGGACGAGAUACUGACGCGCCUGAAAUUGGGUGAAGAGGCGCAGCAGUGCCCUCCACUGGUUGGAGAGGUUGACAAGAAGACUACAAUGUCCAAAGGGGAGAAGAUCCAGGGCCUGAAGCGACUCAACCCGCUGAUUUUCCCGGACGACAAAAUUCCCCCCAAAUCACCUCGCCCCCGCCGCAACAUCUGGCUGAGUCGCAGCCAGUCGGACAUUUUUUCAUGCAAGGCAGGAAGGAAGGUGAACGUGCGGGACCCUUACUACGAGCCGCCGGCUUCACGGCGAGCCAGCAAGCUACGCAAGGUUAACCCGUUCACAGCACGCGAGGACCUGUGCGGUGGGAACAUCAAGUUCUACGACGUGCCCAGCAAGUCUGUGUUUUCGCUGGUCUUCGACCUCCGCUCGCCGCCGGGAAGCGCCUUCACCAGCCGGCCGCCGGCCCACACAUCAGCCGCCGCCACGCCGGUGUCCUUCUACUGGCAGCAGUUACCCGGACGGCAGUGUCACUCCCUGCCAGUGUCGCCACUGCUGCCUCGCUCAGAGUUCCUGUACCACCGCCACGUUGCCGCAACCACGACUGCCUCAGCCGUCAACAACAACAACAAUGGCCUCCUACCCUGCAGCGCACACCUGCCAGCAUCUAUAAUAACACCGGCCGUCUGCCGGUCAGAGACCGUCCUAACGGGCACCGAAGUGCGACACAAGCCGGGGCUGAGUGGCUGGGCCCGGAAAUAUACAGUUGUGGAGAUCCCGCCGUACAGCGGGCCAGUGGCGCCAGACGGGACGGACAGCGAGGACGAUGAUGACGUGUUUGGUGAGAGCUGGUCUCCGAACGUCCCCCUCGGCGAAGCAAUGGACUGCUCUAGCAUGUUGGAGGACCAACACAUGCAUGUCAUGCCACCAUGAGGGAGGCGACAUGGACUAAAGAAUGUGAAGAAAGCCGAUUAAGAGCUUUUCUAACACAACCGCGACAUUGGUCGCAAUCAAAACGCUGAUAAUGCUAAUAUUGUUUAUAUUUAUUACGAAUAUUACGGAAUGACUUUGAUUGUUUCCCUCCAUGUCUCCCUGCCCUCGAAAGAUUACGUUUAUGCUUUUGCUUUGGAACAGAUCUCUUCGGUAAAAGUGAAUCGAGCGCUCUGGUUACUUUCCAGCUUCCGACGAGCAUUUCUAAUCUGUUGUGGUUUUACUUGGUGAUCCUCGAUUGUCUUUAAUGGACGUCUUCGAUGCUAACGUAAUUAAUUCAAAGACAACGUAAUGCAGUUCCACAUAUUCACCAGCAGUCAUGUUGUCUUUUUUUUUUUUUUAAAUGAAUCUGCUAAAUGCAAUUAAGAGAUUAAGAUUGCCUCCGUAGGAACUAAAAUGCACUAUUUUGUCAUCUUUUCUAUGCAAAAAAAAUAAUAAUUUCACACUGUUGCGCAGAAACGAGGAUGUGAUGUGUUUUAAAAGACAAAAAAACAAGUCUUACCUUUGUAUAUUUGUGUAAAAAAAUGUGCAGACUGAUUUUGCUUUGAAAUAACAAAGCUUCGCCCAGGUUUAAUUUGUUUCAAUAAAAACUAUUUGACACGGACCCACUCAGAAAUUGUGCAAGUUUAUGGAAAUAGUCAAGGAAAUUGGAGGUACCGUAUUUUUCGCACGAUAAGUCUCACCUGACAAUAAGUCGCACCAGCCAAAAAAAUGUGCAAUGAAUGGUAAAAAAAACAUAAGUUGCAUUGGAAUAUGAAUCGCAUUUUGGGGGGAUAUUUAUUUAAUAAAAUACAACGCCAAGAACAGACGUGUCAUCUUGAAAGGCAAUUUAAAAUAAAAAUGAAAUAGAACCAUUUUUAGUGCUAUUUUGUUCAGCCCUUCUCAGUUGUUUUAGUUUUAGCUCUCGCCAAUGUUGAAACACAGGCCUUGACUGCCCUCUUGUGGUUUAGUGUGAAAAUAAUAUGUGAAAUGAUAUGAUAAUGUGUGAAUAAUUUCGCACAUAAGUCGCUCAAGAGUAUAAGUCGAACCCCCUGGCCAAACUAUGAAAAAAAAAAAAAAAAAAAAAAAACCUCGCUACUUCGCGCUUCUAACUUCGCACCUUCAGUCCAUCGCGGAUCCCCCCCCAAUAAAAAAAAAAAAAAUACAGCUGGAAAUGUCUGUCAUUUUUAGCGUAGAAUCAAUCAUUAAUCAGUCUAAUACCGUAUUGGCCCGAAUAUAAAACUGUGUUUUUUGCAUUGAAAUGAGACUGAAAAAGUGGGGGUCGUCUUAUAUUCGCGGUCUAGACAUUAUACCCAUUCACGACGCUAGAUGGCGCCAAAUAUCAUUGAAGCAAUGUUCUGUCAUGACCGAUCUCAGAUACUCUUAAGUUUAACUAGUUUGCAUUAGUUUAUUGCAAUGUUUUUCCUUAUUCAGAUUUGUUUCAAGACUCCAGUUACAGUUAGACUUCACUUUGAUGGUUAAUGCAGUUGUUGCAAUUUUGUUGUUUUAUCACGAUAGAUUGGUUUAUUCUAUUUCAAAAAUAGAAGCCAUUCAUUUACGAAUGUGACUGCACUUUAGUUUACAUAUUUAAAUGUUCAGAUAUUAAGAUUUGAAUGUGGCAAAACAACAUGCUUUUCUCUCAAAUAUAUUGUUAUAAUCAUUUGUUUCAGAUGUACUGCAAUUAUUUUCUGUAUAAAAAUUAAUUUGGUGUUCAAAAAGUCUUUUUUUCAAACUUGUCUUGAAAAAGAGGGGGUCGUCUUAUAAUCAAGGCAGUCUUAUAUUUGAGCCAAUACGGUAUUUCGUUCCCCAAAAAAACUAUUUAAAAAAAAUUAUUCACUCGCAUAUUUUAAACUUUUAAACAAAUGACGUCACAAUGAAAAAAUUUGCGUCUAAAAAAGUCACGGAUAUCUACCUCAUAACUAUAGCUUAAUUGUAUUUUUUUUCGUUUUUUUCGUUUCGAUGAUAAAUAAUCAAUCCUAACAAAGAAAAAUAGAAAAAAAAAAAAGUUUAAAAGGUUAUAUAUAUGAAAAAUUCUGCGAUUUCUGCAUCGCGACCCUUGUUAUAUUACCAUAUUUCACCCAUUAAAUCCCCCAAAAAUCCGGCUGUGGCCAUUCACAGCUGUGUCUUGACACUUGGUGAUACACACUACAUGGAGUUUUUGGGUCAAAAAGAGGCAAGUACGCGAUAAUAUCUCGUUAAGAUCAUGGUGUCUUUAAUUAUGCUGUCGUGUGCUCUCACCUCCAGCUGUUUAAAAUGUAUUUUUUAAAUGCCCUCCUGUUCAACUUUUUCUUCCCCCAGAAAAUUGAGAUUUUAAACUUUCCGAUGAUGUAUCGCACAUGCAUAUAGGACAAUUUUGAAAUUUGGCCAAAUUGGGGGUCUCAGAGCAGAACUGUCAACUGAGUGUUUUCCGCCAUAUACAUAUAUUUUUUUCAUUAUACUGCGGGGGGAAAAAAAGUGAGAAAGCAUAUCUUAUAUUUAUCUCUUUCCGAUGAUAAAUAUGAAUACAGUGACCCCUCGUUUUACGCGGUUAAUGGGGACCAGAACCCGCCGCGAUAAGUGACAAAUCGUGAAGUAGCGCCCCCCCACACACAAAAAAAAUCCUUAAUCUUCUUCACGUUGUCUCCAAAUCGUCCAUGUCAAAAUAAAAUUUUAUAAUUUUAUUUUUAUUGUGUGUUUAAUGUAUUUAUUCAGAUUUAGUAUUGGAAAGAUAGAUAGAUAGAUAGAUAGAUAGAUAGAUAGAUAGAUAGAUAGAUAGAUAGAUA